ACUGUGGUCAUAGAAAUUGUAUUCAAUGUCCUGUAUUAGUUCCAAAAAAUAUGGGAUGGUUAUGGACAAUUGAGAAAAGUGGAAACGUACAAUUUAACAGAAAUUGGAAACCAGGCGGUAUUCAGAAGCAGGUGGCAAUUCUAAUGGAAACAGAGCAAAGAGAUGGAAAUCUACAUCACGAAAUAGUUCAAAAACAUUCUCAAACUAACAAACUUUAUACAAAACAAAUUAGGAGAAUUAACGAUCGAAUAAUUUUAAAUCAACCAAACAAAUAUUCUAUGCAAUCUAUAGAUGCUCAAAAAAGUCUAAAUCCAAAUUUUAAUAACCAAAUGGAUAAGCCAACAUUGAAGGUAAGCAAACGCAAUGGUCAAUAUUUGUUUCGUAUGCAUCAAAUAAAAGAAAAGAAAAUAGGAAGAUAUAACCAGUCUAAUAGUGACAUUGAACCCGUGCAAAUAGUAUUAGGCAGACAUGAAAGACAUAAUGGAGAAAAAUCAUCUGGGUCUAGUAUUGAUUUAGAACUUGUAGCUACAAAUAUGUUUAAUACAUUAAAACCAAAAAAUAAAUAAUUUUAAACUAUAAAUCAAUAAAAAUGUAUGAUAACUAA